AUGACGACACUUGGUUACGAAGGAGGGAGAUUUUGUAAUGCGGGUGUGAAGGUCAUAGUAUUUCUGGUUCGGCUUAAAGAUACCAUGUUGGCUCCUUGUGGGUUGAGAUUGGGAUCAAAGUUCGAACGUCAAAUACUUCUCUUAUUCGAUCUAUCCACUAUUUUACUAAAGGUUGUUCGAAGAGAACCUGUAGCCAGCAUGCACAACAACGGAGAGAUCAUUUGGGCUAAGGAUAACGAGAUUCAAAUCGUUGAUAUAAAGAAUGCAGAAGCUGAAGCAGAGAUUGUUGAUGGAGAAAUGUUACCAUUAGCUGUUAAGGAGCUGGGAGCAUGUAUUCUCAAUCCACAAAGUUUAAAGCACAAUCCGGAUGGGAGGUUUGUUGCUGUCUGUGGGGAUGGUGAGUAUAUUAUACAUACUGCCUUGCCAUGGACAAAUAUGUCAUGUGGUUCAGCUGUAGAAAUUGUGUGGUCUUUGGAUGGAGAGUAUGCUGUAAGGAAAAGUAAUUCAAAGAUUAAAAUUUUCAGCAAAACUUUCCAGGAAAAGAGUGUCCAUCCAACUUUUUCAGCAGAAAAAAUAUUUGGUGGCCCUGUAUUGGCAUUGUGCUCAAAUGAUUCCAUUUGCUUUUAUGAUUGGGCUGAAUGCAGACUUAUACGGCGCAUUGAAGUGAAAUUGAAAAACCUCUAUUGGAACGAUAGUGGUGACCUAUUUGCGCUCUGUGGCCAUACAUCAUUCUUCACUGUAAAAUACAAUUGUGAUGUUGUUUCAUCAUACUUAGAUAAUGGGAUACCUGUGGAUGAGGAUGGUACUGAAAAUCCCUGCAAGCUCCUUCAUGAAAUUAGUGAACGUGUCAGGAGAGGGAUUUGGGUUGAAGAUUGUUUUAUCUAUACCAAUUCUUCUUGGAGGCUUAAUUACUGUGUUGGUGAUGAGGUAACAACAAUCUUUCACUUGGACCGUCCGAUGUACUUGUUGGGAUAUCUUGCCAGCCAAGAUAGAGUAUAUUUGAUUGACUCAGACUUCAAUGUUAUGGGCUACAAACUGCUUUUAAGCUUGAUUAAGUACAAGUCUCUUGUGAUCCGUGGUGACUUUGAAAGAGCGAAAGAAAUUCUGCCAUCAAUUCCAAAAGAGCAUCAUAACAGCGUCCUUCGUUUCUUGGAAUCACGAGGCAUGAUUGAGGAUGCUCUUAACUUAGCCACUGACCCGGAGUACAGAUUUGGUCUAGCCAUACAGCAUGGAAGAUUAGAGGUUGCAAAAGAUGUUGCUCUAGAACUGAAGAGCAUAUCUAAAUGGAAGCAGUUGGGAGAAUUAGCUAUGUCUAACGGAAAGUUAGAAAUGGCUGAGGAGUGUUUAGAACAUGCAAUGGAUUUCCAUGGAUUGUUGCUGCUACAUUCUUCUACUGUAGAUAUUAGAGGAAUGUCAAAACUUGCAACUCUUGCUAAAGAGCAUGGGAAGAACGACUUUGCUUUCCUCUGCUUAUUUAUGUUGGGUAAACGCGAAGACUGCCGUCAAUUGUUAGAAGAAAGCAAUCAGAAUCCAGAAGCUAUCUUGAUGGGUCGAUCAUAUCUUCCAAGCAAGGUCUCAGAAUUACUGGAAAAAUGGAGAAAAGAUCUCAGCAAGGUUAAUCCAAAACAUGCCUAUUCUUUGGCUAAUCCUGAGGAGUAUACGGAUUUGUGUGAAUAUUGGCAAGUUGCAUCAGCGCCAGCUCUCGUUCCCUUGAAUCUCAUUGAAGAAAUAUUCUUUUAUCUCCCUGUAAGAUCUGUGUUAAAUGUUGUCAGCCGUCUCAAUAGGUACUUCAAUUACAUCAUUCGUACUGAACAUUUUGUUCAAAAGCAUUUGGAGAAGUCGGGCUUUAUAAACCCGUAUCUAAUCAUGAUUUCAGAACCGGAUGAAUAUCAUUACUAUGAUUUCCCUUUAGUAUCUGUUUCUGUGAAUUCAUUACUUGAAGAUCCAGCUGCCCCAACUCUUCGUGAAUCUGUUUUAUUCGAACAUUCUUUCACAACUUCCUGGGGGCUUAUUUGUUCUUGCAACGGAUUGUUAUGCUUUCGCGAUAUUUUUCAGUCAUCUCAGCUAUGCUUUUGGAACCCUGCCACAGGAUUUAAAUUGGAAUGCAUUUCCGAAAUGGAAAAGGAUAAUUCUGUAUACUCUUUCGGGUUUGAUCCUUUAGGAAAAACUUUAAAGUUGGUAGUGUUCUGUAUGAAAAGAGUUGGCAGUGCUCUGGAAAAUACAGUUAAAAUUUUCAAUUUAAACAAUAAAUCAUGGAAGGAUGUUCAACAGUUACCAGUAGUUCCUUUGUAUUGGUUUGAAAGGUCUCGAAGUAACAGUGGUUUCCAUUUAAAUGGAAGUAUAAACUGGUUAGCGCUUCGCAAUUACUCCUUUUCAGAUUACAAUCCUGAUCAUGUUCGUUAUAUUACGACUGAUCGAUAUGUAAUCGUUUCACUCAACUUGUCCACCGAGAUUUAUACAGAACUGUUACUACCGGAGGGAUUUGAGAAAGUCCCAAAGCGUCAACCUCGAAUUGCCGUUCUGAUGGAUCAAAUUUGUUUUUGCCAUGAUGCUGAGGGUACCAAUUUCAUUAUAUGGCAGAUGAAGUGCUUUGGAAAUCGUGAUUCUUGGGUCAAGUUGUUUAAAUUUGGCUAUGAGAAUUUCCCUUCUGCAAACCAACUUCAAUGCUUGGAUUUUUCCCCUGUAUAUCUUUCUCAGGAUGGUGAUAAACUCAUUUUGGUUAGAGGGGAUGGUGUAGCCGAAGAAGCAUUUGUCUACUACCAUAGGGACAAUAGAGUAAGUCGGAUUGGUAUUGCAAACAAUUUACUGUGGACGGAAGCCAUGAGCUAUGUUGGGAGUAUGGUUUACCUUGACUGAAAAAAAUGGAGAAGAGGGUUAUAUUGAGGAGCAGGAAGAACAAUGUGAGGCUGAUGAAGAGCUGAGCACAAAUGAAGGAGCCCCGUCAUCAUAAACUCAUUUGGUUGGGACAACGUGAAAAUCCAAAUUUUGUCUCUGGUGAUUGAUUGAUUGUUUUUGAUGUGUUUUUGCUAACUUCCAUUUGGACUACUAGAGAUUAAUAUAGAACUAUUACCACUCAAGUCCUACCAACCAAUUAUAGUUUAGUCAUAUAUUUUUACCACUUAUAGGCUGUAUAUUUCGGAAUUAUAGAUGAUAACAUAAAAUUAGGUGCAUUGUCAGGAGCACCAAAUCUCUGAACC